AUGUCAAGAAGACAACGUCCACAAACCAGAACUACCAAUCCAAUCGCAGCUGCAGGUCUAAACAUGGAAGAUGUGCCAGAAUUUCUCGAAGGGUGCACAUUCUUUGUGGAUCCACUUACACAUGAGGAAGCUGAGGCCGAACUCUACAGGGAAAUUAUCAAAAAACUUGGUGGACAAGUUGUGACCAUGUAUAAGAGUAAUAUUACACACUUGAUGGCAAGUGUUCAGAGAGGAGAAAAUUUCUAUAGAGCACUCGAAGAAAAGAAAACGAUUGUAACUAGUUUUUGGCUCGAUGAUUGUAUGCUUGUUCAUGGUGUUCAACCUCUAGUAAUUACUGAGAAAUUUGGAAGGAAAAUUCAAAAUCCACUCCACUAUCCCGUGAAAGAUUAUCCAAUUACAGAUAUGGAAGGAUUUAACUUUACCUUAUCUGGUUUUCCAAAGAAAGAAAAAACAAGAUUGCAAUAUUUAAUAGCAGCAAUGGGAAGCAAAUAUUCCAGUAAUAUGACACAGGAAAAUACUCAUUUACUUUACAAAGUUGCAGCUGGUGCCAAAUAUGAUACAUCGAUCAAAUGGGGAAUUAAGCGUGUAGAUAAGAAUUGGUUAUAUGAUUGUGCCAGAGAUUGGAAAUUAGCUCCAUACCCAUUCGUUGAGGAAAAUAAUUCAAAGAAAUCUUCAGAUCCAGAAGGCUCGAACUCAUUAGAUUCUUCAUCGAAAAAGAGAAAAUUAGAGGAUAAUGAUGGAUCUCUAGAGUCUAUAAUUGCAUCCAACACCAAAAAGAAUAUUUUUGUGAAUUUGGAUUCAUCUGAUCAAUUGAAAACAUAUUGUGAUAGAGUUGUAAUUGGAAAAAAUAAUUCAAAAGUUUUACUGGUUGAAAAUAAUCCAACUGCACAAAACGAAGAUGAAAAGAUUGUAGACAUGGACUCAUUCUUGAACGGAAGACAAAAUACUUUAGAAUUUGUGGAAAAGAACAAGCACUUGAUAACAAUCAUUGACUCUGACAAAUUGAAUAAUUUAACCACUGAAAAAUCUUCCAUAGUGUUGGGGCCUAUUGAAUUAUCAACUCAAAAUCAAUCCCUCAAUGAAAAAUAUCAACCAAAGAAAACAGGAUUAUUAUAUGAUGCUAGAAUGUGUCUUCAUGAUGGUCCAAUACCAGAAACACCAGUUCGUAUUAGUCAUAUUUGGAAUAUGAUUCAAGAACACAACUUGUUGGAUGAAUGUGAAAUUAUGAAGUCAAGAGAAGUGACACAACAAGAACUUGCUCUGGUCCAUACAGAAAAAUAUAUUGAUGAUUUCUUUGAAUUUAAAGGACAAUUCAAUCCUACAACUUCAAACCAUAAUUUAUUGAGAGGUAUCGUGCAAGAUAACGAGCAUGAUAUCCAAAUUAAUCAAUUCAGUCUUAAAGCAGCAAGAUUAGCAGCAGGUGGUGUAAUUAAACUAACUGAGAAGGUAUUGAAUGGAGAAUUGGAAAACGGAAUGGCUAUUGUACGUCCACCUGGUCACCAUGCUCAAACAGAAGAUCCAAUGGGAUUCUGUUUCUUUAACAAUGCUGCUGUAGCAGCUCGUGUAGCUCAACAAUUCAAAUCUGUUGGUAGAGUAGCCAUCAUUGACUUUGACAUUCACCACGGUAAUGGUACACAGGAAAUUUUUGAGGAUGAUCCAUCUAUUCUCUAUGUUUCCAUUCACAGAUUCGAGCAAAAUUAUUUCCCUGGAACUGGUUCAUUAGAAGAAGUUGGUAUCGGAAAGGGUGAAGGUUACACAUUGAACAUACCUCUCCCUCCAAAAGACUAUAAGAUACCAUCCACUGCUACCUUUGGUGAUUCUGAUUAUAUUGCCAUUUUCAGACAAUUGAUUAUUCCUGUUUGUACAGAGUUUGCACCUGACUUGGUCAUUGUGUCAGCUGGUUUUGAUGCUGCCAAGGGUGAUAUUUUGGGAAGAAGAAUGUCCUUAACACCAAGUGGAUAUGAACAUAUUAUUGGUAUGUUAAAACAAUUGGCAGGUGGUAAAAUUGUUUUAGCUCUCGAAGGUGGAUAUAAGACAGAUGUAACAGCAUCAUGUGCAACUGCUUCUCUGAGAAGUUUAUUGAACUUGCCUCCAUCUCCAAUUUCUAUCAAACCACCAUCAAAGGCCACCAAUGUUGCUAUCAGACAAGUAAUUAUUCAACAUGCCCAAUAUUGGAAAUGUUUGAAAUCAUUCGCUGAAGUUUUCUUGAAUGGAGAUGAAACUCCUUAUGGCCCUUUGAAGUCUAUUCGUAAGCAUCCAAGAUAUGUAACUGUUGCCUCAAAUACUGCCUCAAAACCACCAAGUGAUGAAUCAACUCCAAUGAUUGAAUCGAAUGAGAGUGAACAAGAAAUUGUUGUUGAACAAAAGACCUCUAUGGACAAUAUAUUUGUAGUUGACUAUACAGGAAAGGGAGAUUUCAGCUCCAUUACAGAAGCCCUCAACCAUAUUGUCAAUAUGAAACAAACACCAGUUCCAAUAUCAAACUCUGACAAUUCCAAUUCAUUCAAACAAAAGAUUACCAUUCAAGUGCGAAUGGGUCUUUAUAGUAAUGAAAAAAUUAGAAUUAAUACCAAAAUGAACCAUAAGCUGAUACAUAUCAUUGGAGAAGAAUCGGAAAAACAAGCUCACAUACUUUAUCCAAUCAUUACACUUGGAGAAGCUGGUAGUAUCAUGUUAGAGGCUGGCUCUAACAUUAUAUUCGAGAAUAUUUUCUUCAAGGCAACAAAGGAAGCAAAAAGUGCUGAUGUUGUUGUUACACCUCAACAAAAUGGAGGAAAUCCAAAAUCACAAGGCUUACAUAUCAGACUUGAUGAUGGAGCUGAAUGUGAAAUUAGGAAUUGUAAAUUCAGCCGAUUUUCCACAAUAGCAACCAGAAAUUCCAGUCUCAAAAUUGUCAAUUCUGAAUUCAGAGAAUCUGAAGGUAUUGCUUGUGAAAUUAGAUCUUCUCAAGCUUUUAUUCAUAACAGCAAAUUUGUUAUGAACGAAAAUGCUAUUGUUGCUGAAAAAUCUCAACUCAAGAUUACUAACAAUCUCAUCACUGGUUCAAAGAAGAAAUCUCUGCUAAUGAUUCAAUCUACAGGAACAGUUCAAGAAAAUGAAAUUAUCAGAAAUGAAAGUUCAGGUAUUCAACUCUUCAAGGAAUGUAAAGAUGUGAAAAUAACCAAGAAUGUUAUUAUGGGCCAAAAAGCAGCAGGUAUUGUUGUGAAUGCCCAAUGUAAAGCCACUCUCAUGCAUAAUCAAAUAUUUGAUAAUACCAUGGCUGGUAUCGAAGUAUCAAAUGAAUGUAAUAUAGAUAUCAUUGAGAAUGAAAUUUACAAGGGAGGUAUUUGUGGUAUUUUGAUUGCUACCAAGAGUAGAGGAACUGUUGAAAAGAAUAGAAUUUAUGAAAACGCCUAUGCUGGUCUUGAACUCAGAAACUCUAAUCCAACCAUUAGAAACAAUCAAAUAUACUCCAAUCGUCAGAGUGGUGUUUCAAUUAAGGGAAAGGAUAUUGAUAAUACUCUCAUUUUCCAAGGAAAUGAAAUUCUUUCCAAUGUCUAUUCUGGUAUUGAAAUAAGACAAGGUGCAACACCUUCAAUUGUAGGCAAUAGAAUAUUUGGAUGUGCUAAACAGGGCAUAAUUGUUGUUGAACAAUCAAAUCCAAUCAUUGAAAAGAAUGAAAUAACCGAGAAUAGUGAUGGUAUUAUUGUUCAAAAAGCAUAUGCAACCAUCAAGGAAAAUAAGAUUAUUAACAAUUCUAAUAUGGGAGUCAAAGUUAGACAAUUUGAAGCUGAUAUUAUUGAUAAUGAAAUAUCUGCCAAUGGUAGUUUUGCUAUUUAUGGUGACGAAUGUGAUAGAUUGACCAUUUCAAAGAACAAAAUAUCAGCACACAAAUCUGUUGAUGAUCCAAUCAAGAUUGAAACGAAUUGUAAAAAUUCAACCCCUUCCAAUGAUAAUCUCAUUCUAAAUUAA